GCCGGACUCUGUCGUUCCCUUAGUGCCCAAAAGAUGCCACUCGCAAGCGAAGACGACAGGGAUGCUGAGAGCAAAGCAAGCGUGGACCUACCGAAGGGUUCUCAACUGCAACAACUGCUCUCUAACCCCACCUUGUACGAACCUGUUCGCAAACCGCACCACAGCUUGGUUCUUGCUCACGGGCUUUAUGGCUGGGACGUCAUAUCAUUUGGUCCCGCUACAAAUCCGAAAUUCCAAAUUCACUACUGGUCCAAUAUUCUGGCAGUCCUCAGAAAGAUCGGGGCGGAAGUAAUUGUUACGGGUGUUCCGAGCAGGGGAUCUGUCGCGUCUAGAGCCGAGAAAAUGCAUGAGUUCUUGGACAACAAUCAUCGAGGCAAAAGACUGAACCUUAUUGCACAUUCGAUGGGGGGUCUUGACUGCCGACACUUAAUUUCCCGAGUCAAACCCACCGCGUAUCAUCCUCUUUCAUUGACCACCCUAUGUACGCCCCAUAGGGGGAGUCCAUUCAUGGAUUGGUGCGCGGCAAACAUUGGGAUAGGUGCUCUGCGCGAAGCCUUGGACAAUCCAAAAGCAUUUACCCUUCCUUACACCCUCAAAAGUCCCAUUCUUUCGAGCCCUAGUCCAACGAAUGGUGCUGCCGCCGGCCAGGACAAUGUCCCAAGUUUUAUCCGAUUACCUUCAUCACUGACAACUUUACUGCUUUCCUUGGUAGAUUCCCCUGCAUAUGGGAAUUUGACGGCGCGUUUCUGUACCAAUGUUUUUAACCCUGCCACUCCGGACAUGCGGCACGUCAAAUAUUUCAGUGUCGCCGCACGGACGCGACGGACCAGCAUCUUUCACCCACUUUGGCUCCCCAAGCUGAUUCUCGACGAAACCGAAGGCGCCCUACGUAACAGUCAUUCUCCUCAAGGCAUUCACGGCUCAGAAGGCUAUGAUCACGGUAACGAUGGUCUCGUUCCUGUGGAAUCGGCCAAAUGGGGAGAAUUUCUUGGCAUUGUCGAAAAUUGUGACCAUUGGGAUAUUCGAGGGGCUCAGGGAUUUUCCAAUGCAUGGGAGAGAGUAGGCCGCAGUGGAAAGGGUGGCUGGUCGGAGUUCUUCGGAUGGCAGAACUCUCGCGACAGCGGGAAGUUGGCGAUUGAUCCUGAUUGUGGAGUUCCUAAGCCUGUGAAUGACUCCUUGAAGACGCACGCCUCAUCUAUUCUCGAUGAGCCAUCUCCAGUAGAACAGGAGAAGCAUUUUCAGGAGAGGACCAAGUUAAAAGCCGCCUUUAAGUGGAUCGCCAACCGAGUGCCAACCGAAAAUACAACGUCAAGGCUGUCUUCGCUUCAGCUCACGACCCCGGCCUCAUUUUCUGCGUCUGAACUACGGUCACCUCCCAGAGUCACUCGAACCUCUCCGCUUCAUUUCAACCUAGAACGUUUUUACAUUGCAUUGUGCCGGAAGUUGUAUGAUGAAGGCUUAUAAUCCCCGACGUUCAUUGUAGACAGCCAGUAGGUCCAAGUGAUUAAUUGGUGUACCAAUUUUUUUUUACAAUGCAACAGCUCCACGCCGUGGAAUAAGAUUACGCCGC